AUGAGCUAUUCUUGUACUAACACAGGCAAGAGCCAGGACCCAUCUAGCGCUAAGAAGUCCGGUGGUAAUAAUCCCGGCAGUUGCGGUGGUAGCGGAGAAACCAGCAGCAGCAUCAACAACAGCCACAAUAAUCGCGGUAGCCAGGCGAACGCGAAUCCCAAUUCAGCCGAGGCGAUGAAAGUCAAGGUGGGCUGCAACACGACAGACGUCGGGGUACCAGUUACCACGGAGGAGGAAUUGCAGGCAAACACGAUAAUUACACCCGAGGAUGUAUUGGGUUUACAGAAGAUCACUCAAAACUACCUGUGUGGCCCAGAGGACAAUGUGUACAACAUCGACUUCACAAGAUUUAAGAUCCGGGACAUGGAGACAGGAACAGUCUUGUUUGAGAUCACCAAGCCUCCCUCCUCCAACAAAGCAGACAAGCGAGACGUGGACCCAAACGCUGGGCGUUUUGUACGGUACCAGUUCACCCCUGCGUUCCUGAAACUACGCCAAGUCGGAGCCACUGUGGAGUUCACAGUGGGCGACAUCCCAAUCAAUAACUUCCGCAUGAUCGAGAGGCACUACUUCCGGGAGCAGCUCCUGAAGAGCUUCGACUUUGAGUUUGGGUUCUGCAUCCCCAGCAGCAAGAACACCUGCGAGCACAUCUAUGAGUUCCCUCCAAUCUCCGAGGACACCAUGCGUGAAAUGAUCCUCCACCCUUACGAGACACAAUCGGACAGCUUCUACUUCGUGGACAACAAGCUGGUCAUGCACAACAAAGCAGACUACUCUUACAGCGGGGGACCCUAGACGUCUGUGUGCUGUGUAGGGAUGGGGAUAGGAGGGAGGUCAGCUGGGCAGUCAGGGAAGACCUUAGGACCAAUCAUAUGCCAUGUGUCCACCACCACUCAUUGGCGAGUAUUUCUGUUUCCUCCAUCACUUUGGCUCACUGACUUGCAGUGAAAAAACAAAACAAAACAAAAACAAAAAACAUGCGGCUGUUUUUAUGGUGACCUGGGGCUAAUGACGUAAAACACAACCGCUAGUCACACAUGUACUUGUACAUAUUGGCUCUUUUUAGUCAUCCACUGCCAUAGAUCACUGAACACCAGCAUAUGUUGAAGUUCCUUAUGUGUGGGACUCGCUGUAGUAUGCAAGAUCUAUGUGUGUCUAAGGGCUGAGGAUGGGCUAGUGUUGUCUAUUAGAGUUCUGUGCGUGAGGUACAAUGUAUUGUGACUGGUUCUUUGGUUAAUAUGAAAGUGGAGGUUUCAUCCCAACUUCCCAUUGGAGUAGUUUUUUGAUUUCAAAGAAAAAAAAAACUCUCCUGAUUACUUGAUAUGAAAGUGACUGCGCCACUGUGUGUGUGUGUGUGUGUGUGUGUGUGUGUGUGUGUGUGUACAGUCACACAUGUAUGUGUCUAUGCCUGUGAAUGAGGGGUGCAGAUGUGUGGGUGUUGACCUGAGGGAAGUAUACUGUAUUUUAGUUAUUUUCACCUUCAUCAUGAUUAUCAGCAUCAUUUUCUCAAAAUCAUAGAUAAACAGAACAGUACUCUCAGUAGAAAUGGGAGAAAUUCAAAUGACACAGUAUUUGAUAUACUUGUGUUGCGUUAGGAAUUUUGAUAAGAUGUUUGUCCUUUUUUUGUCAUUUUGACAUGACUUUGUUUUCAAGAAUAGCCUGAUCCAGACUCACAUAAGCAUAAGCACAAUAUUUAAAAGGGAAAAGAGGCAAAAAAGUAUGCUAAGAGAAUGUGAAUAGUCUAUACUCAUGACUAACAUCCACCUUAAACUUGUAAAACCUCUCCAUCUCAAAUAUCUGCAUUGGUGGUAAAAUAUGAUUUCCAUGGUUCUAUAUUUGACAGCAGAAUGGAAGAACUAGACAAAAAAGAAUAAAUAGAUAUAACAACAAGCCUCAAAUCAGACUGAAAUCUGGUUAGAGUUCUCACUUUUUGUACGUCUCUGAUAUAAACAAUGUGACAACCAACUGUUUUAAAAUAUUCCAAAAAAAGAGGUAGGCUUCUAUAUUAAAUAGUGACAUUUCCUGUUAAAAUUUCUCUCUCUCUCUCUCUCUCUCUCUCUCUCUCUCUCUAUCUCUCUCUCUCUUUCCUCCAGUUCCAUCUAUCUAUCUAUCUAUCUAUCUAUCUAUCUCUUACAUUCCAGUGAGUUAGGUCCUUUGUGUCAAUGUACAUAGCCGAAGCUGGUUACAUUGUUUUGUUGUAGCUAUGAACCACUUAAUGUAGUGCAUUGUACAUUAGGAUAACAGUUUGAGAAAAGCAUUUGAGUAAUAGCAUGGGUGUUCUCAAAGACUCAACUCAAACCAUGGAAAUUAAAAUGGAUGAACUUGAAUACUGUUUCUAGUUAAAUGUGUAACAGCAUUAUUUAUUAUUGUGAUUUACUUUACAAUGAUUUUGAGAAACUGAACAUAUGUACAAUUUUGGACAGUUCCAAUGCCAGUCUGGAUUUAAAAAGGAAAUAAAUG